CUGUCUUGAGCUCGCAUCGAGUUAACUUCGUGUGACUUCAGUUCGUCGAAAGUAAAACAACUUGCCGAAAUGUCUGGACGCGGAAAGGGAGGAAAAGUGAAGGGAAAGGCGAAGACGCGCUCCAACCGCGCCGGGCUUCAGUUCCCCGUGGGCAGAAUCCACCGUCUGCUGCGCAAGGGAAACUACGCUGAGCGCGUUGGCGCCGGGGCGCCAGUCUACUUGGCCGCCGUGAUGGAGUAUCUGGCCGCCGAAGUGCUCGAGUUGGCCGGCAACGCUGCCCGUGACAACAAGAAGACCAGGAUCAUCCCGCGCCAUCUGCAGCUGGCCAUCCGCAACGACGAGGAGCUGAACAAGCUUCUGUCCGGCGUCACGAUCGCGCAGGGCGGCGUGCUGCCCAACAUCCAGGCCGUGCUGCUGCCCAAGAAGACCGAGAAGAAGACAUAAAUCGCUCGUCAACUGCAAACUCGCCAGCAAAAAAACGCCCUUUUCAGGGCGACAAAA